CGUGCCAAUCGUGAAUCAAGUUCCCAAGUGUUGCAAGUGUUGGGGGAAGGGGAGGCGAGAUUGAUGCGGGAUCUCUGAGCGAAUCAGUGCGCCAUCUGAUGAGUCUCUUCAAUAGCCAAUCACGGCGCCUCGCGGCAAUCCGAAUGUUCAUGAUGCGAAGACGUGGCAUGGCGUAAGGCGAUGCACACGGACAUCCCACUGGGCACCCUGCCAGUCAAAGUAGAUACUGUAGUAUCUGGGCCACUCUCCUCAAAACGUUCCGACAAGGACCCUUUGGGCGCAGGGCCACUCAGACGAUGGUGAAAUGCGCUAUCUUGUGCGAGAGGGGGCAGAGCUGCUUCUCCGAGGUAUAUAAACUCGAGUCCCAGCUGUGCCAUCUCGACCGAGUCAUCAUCACGCAACCACUUGCUGCCUUUCGCUGAUCAGCACCAAAAGACUCAUCCCCUCCUUCGACGAUUCUCGUUGCCCACCAUGACUCCUCCCACUGCAUCCUUCGCUGCUCCCAUCGCUGAGCCUGCCGUCGGCAACGCUCCUGCUGACAUUGCCGCUCUCAAGGCUCGUGCCGCCGAGACUCAGGCUUCUCAGCAAUUCAGCGUCCCUCGCGAGAGCCAUCCCAUCAAGGAGGGCCGCGAGCCCGUCGAGGACUAUGAGGGCAACUACCGCUUCGCCGAUAUCAAGGAGAGCUACACCAGCCGUGCCAUGACUUCCAGGUACAUGGAGAGCAUGAUGCGCUCUGCCGUGUCCGAUGUCGUCAUCAUUGGCGCUGGAUCUGCUGGUCUCACCUGCGCUUACCACCUCGGCAAGUCUCGUCCCGACUUGCGCAUCACCGUCCUCGAAGCCGCUGUUGCUCCCGGAGGCGGCGCUUGGCUUGGCGGCCAGCUCAUGACUCCUAUGGUCAUCCGCAAGCCCGCUGAUGGCCUCCUCCGCGAGAUUGGUGUUCCCUACGAGGACGAGGGUGCAUACGUUGUCGUCCGACACGCUGCGCAAUUCACCUCCACCAUCCUGUCCAAAGCCUUGGCGUUGCCCAACGUGACCCUCUUCAACGCCACCUGCGUCGAGGACCUCAUCAUCAAACGUGACCAGAGCGGUACGCAACGUGUCAACGGUGUCGUCACCAACUGGACCCUCGUCACCCUUGCUCAUGGUCUGCAGAGCUGCAUGGACCCUCAGAGCAUCACCGCACCCGUAAUCGUCUCUUGCGCUGGCCACGAUGGUCCUUUCGGAGCCUUUAGCGUCAAGCGUCUCGAGAGCGCCGGUCUCAUCAAGCUCGGCGACAUGCGCCCUCUCGACAUGAACCAGUCGGAGAACGUCAUUGUCAACCAGACCCGUGAGAUCUUUGCUGGUCUCAUCACCGGUGGCAUGGAGCUCAGCGAGGCUGAUGGUCACCCUCGUUGCGGUGCCAGCUUCGGUGGUAUGCUUGGUUCCGGUAUCAAGGCUGCCAAGGAGGCAGCCAAACUCUUCGACUCUCUCGAGGUCGAGGACGGUGAGGUCAUCGGUCUUAAGGCUUAAAGAGCAUUGCAUAACUCUCCUCAUGUAGCACUAUACAAGCAAGAUGCGAAUACACAAUGACGUCAAGAUGGUGGUG